AUGACUGAUAUCCGGAGAGUGUCAGCAUCCGCCUUUAGUUCCCUGAUGAACUCCAUGCUUACACUUGUCACAGUCGUCCUAGCCGCGCUGGUUGGCGGCUCCCUCCAGCAGCCGGGGAUACUUCCGGACGCCUUUGUGCCGCUACAUCUCGGAGAAAGCGGAAAUGGCGGGGUGGCUCAGACGGAUUAUGUGAAACCCGCGUUCUGUCACGACCUUGAUUGUCCGAAAUACACCGUUAUGGAGACAAAUGAUAAAUUCGAGAAGCGCCACUACGCCCCGUCUGUCUGGGUCGCUACAACCAUGAACACCACUAACUACACCAGGGCGCUCAACAGCCAGAUGUUCUUCAAACUCUUCCGCUAUAUCUCCGGGAAUAACUCUGCACACCAAAAACUCGCAAUGACCGCCCCCGUGCUCACUGAGCAUGUUUUUGAGACCAGCGUCGCCAUGCAGUUCAUGAUACCCUUUGCCCAACAGGCGGCCCCGCCCACACCCACGGAGCCGAAGGUGUACAUCAGGAAUGUCCCUGAGACUACUUUCUAUGUCCGAUCUUACGGCGGAUUUGACAGCGAAGACAUUAAGCGUCAAAAUGUCGAGCAGCUGAAAGCGGACCUGAACACCAUGGGCCUGAAGUACACCGAUAACGUAUUCCUUACCGCCGGAUAUGACGCUCCUUACGCGUUCGUCCGGCACAACGAAGUAUGGCUCGUCGCCGAGUAG